AUGGAAAGUGAUCCAGAAAAACUUGGAUGGAUUGAUCCAUCAUUGAAAUUUGACUCGGAUACUGUGAAGCUUGUUCAAUCAAUCAAUACAGGCAGGACUAGUAUUGUGUAUGAAGGAAAACUUAAUGAUAAGGAUUCUGUAGUUGUUAAAUUGGCGAAAGAGGAAAAUAUCUUUCUUGUUUUGAAAAACUCCCUUAUCAUAACUCCUCUAGGUACGAAAGUCAAAAAUAUGCAAAAGAAGGAUGUCAGAAAUAUCAUUAAUACCCUAAGGAUAGCACAUUCACAAAAUAUUGUCCACAUAGAUCUUCAGAGAUAUAAUUUCAUUCAUGACCAUGACGAAAAAAUCUUUAUUAUUGAUUGGGAAUAUAGCGUAACAAGAAAUGAAACUAGUAAUUUCGCUGGAACACUUGAGUGUAUGUCUGAUGAUAUCUUAAAAUUAUUAGCCGAUGGUAAACAAAUUUUAUACUCACCACGUAUUGACCUAAUAUGCCUGGUAAGGUCAUUUUAUUUAAUGCUUCACAAACUGGCAAAUACAGCAAUGGAGAGAAUUUCCUUUGACAAGAUUCCUGACUUCAAAUCACGGGCAAAAAAUGUGUUGACCUUUUGGUCCUCCCAUGGUAAAUCAGAUAUAUGGCAAAAAAUCCAUCAAGAAGCGAAUGACUUGAAUUAUAAUAAUUUAAUCAAAGAACUUGAAAGAUUAUUUUAA